UGUCGGCUCGCGGGUGCUAACACGUUUUCCCGUUGUCGCUAUACGAUUCAUAUUUUUUUUCUUAAUUUUCGCGAGUUAUUUGCACAUUUUCUAAUUAUUUAAUUGAAAUAAUUAAACGCUAAUUGUGUAGUUAAGCUACUGCAUUAAUUCGUGAACAUAAUAUAUUAAAGAAUUAAGCAAAAUAUGGAUCCACAAAAGUUGACAGAAUUGUUGCGUGCAACAAUUGAUCCAAAUCCUGAACAGAGGAAGGCGGCAGAGGAGCAAUUGGCACAGAUCCAUAAAAUUAUUGGAUUUGUACCAACAAUUUUACAAAUUGUUAUGCAAAAUACAGUUGAUCAACCUGUUCGUCAGGCUGGAGCUGUAUACAUGAAAAAUAUUAUCUCUAGCAGCUGGGCUGACCAUGAGGUAGCACCUGGCGAACCCAUACCUUUUUCAAUUCACGAACAAGAUCGUGCUAUGAUUCGCAGUUCCAUUGUAGAUGCAAUUGUGCAUGCACCAGAAAUUAUUAGAGUACAAUUGUCUGUGUGCGUCAAUCAUAUUAUUAAACAUGACUUUCCCGGACGUUGGCCGCAGGUCGUUGACAAUAUUAGCAUUUAUUUACAAAAUCCCGAUAUGAAUGGCUGGAAUGGUGCCCUAAUUACUAUGUAUCAAUUGGUUAAAACCUAUGAAUAUAAACGUGCGGAGGAGCGCGUUCCCCUCAACGAGGCCAUGAAUCUUUUAUUGCCCAUGAUCUACCAACUUAUGCUCACUUUAAUGAACAAUGAAACGGAGCAGUCGGUGUUAAUGCAAAAGCAAAUUUUGAAAAUUUACUACGCUUUGACACAGUUCAGUUUGCCAUUGGAUUUAAUAACAAAGGAAACGUUUUCCCAAUGGAUGGAAAUUUGUCGUCAAAUUGCCGAUCGUCCCGUACCAGAUUGUUCUCAUUUAGAUGAUGAUGAAAAGCCUGAAUUUGCCUGGUGGAAAACUAAGAAGUGGGCUUUACACAUUAUGGUGCGCAUGUUCGAGCGUUAUGGAAGUCCACGUAGUGUUGUUAGUGAAAAAUACCAAAAGUUUGCCGAAUGGUAUUUACCCACAUUUACCCAAGGAGUCUUAGAUGUUUUACUCAAGAUUUUAGAUCAAUAUCGCAAUCGCAUUUACGUUUCGCCACGUGUUCUAACUGAUAACUUGACUUAUAUCAAGAAUGCUGUGAGCCAUGCCUUCUCUUGGAAGUUGAUUAAACCACACAUGGUUGCAAUUAUUCAAGAUGUCUUGUUCCCUAUUAUGUCUUUCUCAGAUCAAGAUCAAGAAUUGUGGGAAACGGAUCCUCAUGAAUAUAUCAAACUGAAAUUUGAUAUUUUUGAAGAUUACGCUACUCCUGUUCCAGCUGCUCAGUCUCUAUUGCAUUCAUGCUGCAAGAAACGCAAGGGCAUUUUACCCAAAGCUAUGAAUAUUAUUAUGCAGAUUAUAACAUCACCAAAUGCUGAUAAUAAACAAAAAGAUGGUGCAUUACACAUGAUUGGUACUUUAGCUGAUGUUUUAUUGAAGAAACGCAUAUAUCGCGAUCAGGUUGAAAGCAUGCUUACCACUUAUGUAUUCCCCGAAUUCCAAAAUCCAGCCGGUCAUAUGCGUGCACGUGCCUGUUGGGUACUACACUAUUUCUGUGACAUCCAAUUGAAAAAUCCUCAAAUUUUGGGAGAAAUUAUGCGUUUAACUACCAAUUGUCUGUUGAACGACAAAGAAUUACCGGUCAAGGUCGAAGCUGCUAUUGGCUUGCAAAUGUUCCUUAGUUCACAAGAUGCCGCUGCUCCGUAUUGCGAGGCACAAAUAAAGGAAAUCACAAAAGAAUUGUUGACCAUCAUACGCGAAACAGAAAACGAAGAUUUGACAAAUGUAUUGCAGAAAAUCGUAUGCACUUUUGCUGAACAGCUGUUGCCAGUAGCAAUGGAAAUUUGCCAACAUUUGGCUACCACAUUCAGUCAUGUGUUGGAAUCAGAAGACGGUGGCGACGAAAAGGCCAUAACGGCCAUGGGUCUAUUGAACACCAUCGAAACAUUGCUUACUGUUAUGGAGGAGCAUCCUGAAAUAAUGAAUAAUUUACAUCCUAUUGUAAUUAAUCUUGUAGGACAUAUAUUCCAAAACAACAUUACUGAUUUCUAUGAAGAGACAUUCUCUUUGGUCUUUGACCUGACAUCGAAAACAAUUUCACCUGAAAUGUGGCAAAUGUUGGAACUUAUCUACCAGGUAUUCAAAAAAGACGGCAUGGACUAUUUCAUUGAUAUGAUGCCAGCUUUACACAACUAUGUGACAAUUGAUACUCCAGCUUUCCUUUCGAAUCCAAAUCGCUUAUUGGCCAUGUACGAUAUGUGUAAAUCUAUGUUAACCAGCAAUCCCGGUGAAGAUCCUGAGUGUCAUGCUGCUAAACUUUUGGAGGUUAUUAUUUUGCAAUGCAAGGGACAAAUUGAUUCUGUAAUUCCCAUGUUUGUGGAAUUGGCUUUAUCACGUCUAACAAGAGAGGUGCAAUCUUCUGAAUUACGUACUAUGUGUUUGCAGGUUGUCAUCGCUGCUUUAUACUAUAAUCCUCAAUUGUUACUAUCCAUUUUGGAUAAAAUGCCUCAACCCAAUGGCGAACCCAUUUCGUCUCAUUUCAUUAAACAAUGGAUAUUGGAUACCGAUUGUUUCUUAGGUAUUCACGAUCGUAAAUUGUGCGUUUUGGGUUUGUGUACACUUAUUUCAUUGGGUGAAGCUAAGCCAACUGUACUGAGUGAAGUUUCGAGUAAAAUUAUACCCUCUUUAAUUUUACUCUUCGACGGCUUGAAACGUGCUUAUGAAUCGCGUGCUCAAGAAGAAGAAGAAGAGGAGGAAGAGGAAAAUGACGAUUGUGAAGAAGCAUUGUCCAGCGAUGAAGAUGAAAUCGAUGAGUUUGCCCCAGAUUACUUAGAGCAAAUUGCUACAUUCAGUAAAACUAAAGCAGCUGAAUCCGGUAUUGAAAUGAAGGCGGUUAUUAAGGACGAUGACGAAGAGUCUGACGAUGAAGAAGAAGAAAGCAUUGAUGAUUUAAAUGAAACCGCUUUAGAAGGUUUUACAACUCCUCUGGACGAAGAAGAAGAUGAAAAUGCUAUUGAUGAAUAUGUCACUUUCAAAGAAGUGAUUUCAGCUUUAUCUACUCAAGACCAAGCCUGGUAUGCUGUACUCACUUCUGGUUUGACGACUGAACAAGCUAAAGCACUGCAAGAAGUUGUUGUUACAGCCGAUCAACGUAAGGCUGCCAAGGAAUCGAAAUUGAUUGAAAAACGUGGCGGUUUUUCAUUUACCCAACAAACUGUACCAUCUUCAUUUAAAUUUGGCUCAUAAUAACACACAACGGCUAAAGAUUUCUUCCGAUUUUUUUUCCCCGUAAUCUUACAUUUGCUAAAACGAUGAAACAAAUAUUUUAGUUAAAAAAAUCAAAUAAAACGAAUCAUUAAAGUAAAUAUAAAUGUUCACAAUCUUGGGUUAGUAUUUUUUAAUGAAAUUUAAACCUCUAUAAAUCUGUCCAAUUUUCUACGAAAACCAAAAAGAUUGUGAAAACUACAUACAUACUUCAAAUUAAAGUAAAAGAAGAAACAUUUUUAAUUUAUAACAUAUUUUAUUGUAAUUUUCUUUCUAAUGUAUAUUUAUUAUGAAAACAAAGAACCAAUAAAAAAAACUGUAGUAAUUGCACGCUUUUGGUUAUGUAAAAAAAAUAUUCCAAAAAACAAAAUAAUUUAUAGUAAAACAAUUACAUAUUGAAUUUUUUCAAUCUUUAUUUAAGACUAAAAAUGUAAAAAAACAAGUCCUUGGUUUUUUUAUAUCUUAAUAUACUCUGUUUUAAUUUUUCAAAACAAAAAAAAACAAUUGUUGCAAUUAUUACUUUUAAUGUAAGAGAGAAUUACACAUAUUUAUGCAAGAUCUCAUUGAAUGAGAAUGAAUAUACUGUAAAUUAACUGUCUCACCAAGGCAUUAUUAAUAUUUCCUAAACCGCUCAUUUUUUUAUUUUAUUUUUUUUUAUAAUUUUGCGAAUUGUAAAAUUUAUCGACACACAACGUUGACUUAUAAUACAAUUAAAAAAAUAUGUAUAUAUUUUUUAAGCAGGUUAACGACUUUCUAAAAAAUAUAUGCGUUUCAAUUAAACGUUUUUAUACAUUAUUAAGUGUACAUUUCAUUUUCUAUUUUAAUUGUAGUUGCUGGAAUAAAGAUUUAAAAUUUUUGCUAUUAUCUAUAUUCGAUGAAAAACGAUAUACAUACUUACUAUAUAAUAAAAUGCAUGUAAAAAUAAAAAAACGUAUAUUAAAAUA